AUGAGGCAAUUCGCUUUCAUCCGAUACGCUUUGGCCGCGAUAUUCUUUCCUCUUGCGUCUGCAGCAUCAACAGCGUCGACAUGCUUUCCCGCGAAGAAGAUAGCGGCUCAGCUGGGCCCCAUGCUGUCUGCCGAUGCCGAAAUUUACAUCCCGAACCAAGUAGACUUUUUCGAUGCCAGCCUGAGAUGGUCCAAGUUUGCUGCUCCAUCGUAUGCGACAUACGUCAAAGUGGCUAGCGAAGAGGAUGUCCAGGCAAUUGUUCGAUAUGCCAACAAGAAGGACAUCCCUUUUCUGACUGUCUCUGGAGGUCAUGGUUGGACUUCGCAACUGCAAAGAAUGCAGCAUGGUAUUGGAAUCUCUACUCAGAAGCUCAACACCAUGAAGUUAUCAAAAGAUGGCAAAACAGUCAGUCUCGGCGGAGGAGUCAAGAGCGGGCAGGUUGAAAGGUUUCUUUCUGCCCAAUGCAAGCGUUCAGUGACUGGCGUCUGCGAGUGCACCGGCCUCAUGGGUGUUGCCCUUGGAGGCGGCCAUGGUACCCUGCAGGGACACUACGGUUUGCUUGCUGACCAAAUUGUUGCUGCCCGUAUUGUGCUAGGAAACGGGAAAGCCGUCACUGCCUCCAAAAAGAAGAAUUCUGAUCUCUUCUGGGCCCUCCGGGGAGCCGGUCACAACUUUGGGAUUGUUACAGAGGUCACUUACAAGGUAUACGACGCCCCUGCUAAAGACAACUGGCUUGUCAAGACCUUCAUUUACCUCCCUGAUCAAAUCGGAGCUUUCUAUGAAGUUGCGAACAAAGCCAUCGGAGACGGGUAUGGCGUUGAUCGGCAGCCAGCAGGCAUGCUUGUCGCCUCCCUGUACACCAUCAUUCCUGAUGUCAACCCAAAUAUGCCAGUACUUCUCUUUCUCAUGGUGUAUGAUGGCUCAGAGAAGGAGGUGGCACCACAUGCCAAGCCUUAUCUAGACCUCAAGCCAGUUUUCAACAGCACCCAGGAGAUCUCCUACAGUGAGAUCUCUGCCGUAUUUGCGUUUGACGAUAACUCUGUCGCAUGCCAGAAGGGCAUCCGCACACAAGGCUACUCUCUGAACCUCCAGAAGUAUCAUGUCCCGACUCAGCGCGCUGUGUAUGAUGAGUUUAGCAAAUUCAUAAUCAAGAACCCCGACUUCAAGCGUAGCUAUGUCAUAUUUGAGGGAUACCCUCUUCAAGGAGUGCGGGCAAUCGAUGCAUCGACCACUGCGGUGGCAGAUCGAGAGAGCAACAUUAUUGCGCUUUUCUCUCUUCUCUAUUCGUCGCCCAAGAAUGACAAAAUUGCCACUAAAAUUGGCACAAAAGUCAGGGGCUUGUUGCACAAGGGGACCGGUGAGAGAGACAUGAGUGUUUACAUCGGAUAUGCAAGGGGCACCGAGGCUGCUCGACAGGUCUAUGGAAACGAUGGCGUCCGAUUGAGGAAGUUGAAAGGUUUAAAACAGAAGUAUGACCCCCACGGGAGGUUCAACUUCUAUGCGCGUAUAGAGUGA